AUGGACAACAACCAGCUGCUCGCGCUCCUGCAGAGCACGCUCGACCCGAACCCGAACGUCCGCCUCCAGGCGGAGCUUCAUCUGGCCCAAGCUUGCAGCGAGCCCCAGACGGCGUUGGGGUUGGCGAGGAUCGCGACGGAACAGCAGGUUGACAUUCCAUGGCGCCAGGCCGCCAGCUUUGCGCUGAAGAAGUAUGUCAAGGAGUACUGGUCCGCCUUCUUCCCGACUUACAAGGGACCAGUCGCAGCGCCCGCCGAGAUCAAGGCGCAGGUUCGGGAGGUCGUUUUCGGGGGACUGGCUGAUCCCGUCCGCAAGAUUCGGCUGGCAUGCGCCAACAUCGUAUCCUUGAUCGCCCAACCCGACUGGCCGGAGGACUGGCCUUCCCUCAUGGAUCAGCUUCUCGCCCUCAUCCGCUCCGACGCUAUCGACGCCGUCGAAGGCGGUAUGCGCGCAUUGAGCGACUUCGUCAGCAUCAGCUUGACCGAAGAUCAGCUGCUGCCCGUCGCGCGGGACAUGUUGCCCUCCUUGAUGGCGAUUCUCGGCGCGCCGCAGACUUAUGGGCCCGCGACUCGUGCUCGCACCAUCCUCAUCUUCCGCCAAUGCGUCAUGACGCUCUUCACCGUCAAGGACGAGCAUCCGGAGGCGGUCAAGGCGGCAGUUGGCGAGAUUCUCCCUCGAUGGCUCGAGGCGUUCCAGCAGCUCCUCGCUCUUGACGUUGCCGCCGAACUCGGCUCGUCCGACAAUUGGGAAGGCAUCUCCCUCCGCAUCGCCAUCUUCCAAUCCCUCGAGGUCAUUCUCAACUCCUUCCCGUCGACCCUCAAAGCCUCCCUCCCGACUUUCCUCUCCUUCGCCGCCGCUCACCUCACAUCGCUCCACCCACUCUACACGGCCGCCUACCUGUCCAACUCCUCCGACUUCUCCGUCCCCUCUUCCGCAAGCGGCGAGGAAGACUCGGACAUCUCGACAGAUCUGUCAACUCUCGUCUCGACGGUUCUCGACUUCGUUGCGCAGGCGGUGCGACGAAAGGCCGUGCGUCCGGUGCUCGUCGAGAAUCAGAAGCCGACUCAGGCGUUCGUCGUCUUCCUGCGGCGGGCCAUUGAGUACGCACAGAUGACAACGGACGAUGAGGAGAGCUGGGCCUCGGACCCGAAUGCGUUUGUCGCGGACGAGGAUGACGAGAUGAGCUCGUACAACGUUCGCUCCGCCGCUAUCGACAUGGCUAUCGCCGCCGUCGAGACGCUCCAAGAUCCAGGUCUCUCAGCCAUGCAAGUUGCAUUCGGCCAAGUCGCUCAAGCGGCGGACAGUUCACGGUCACAAUCUGACGAGGACUGGUGGAAGGGCUACGAGAGCGCGCUCGCCGUCGUCGGCGGCAUCUCGGAGGACCUGAUCGACCACGUUCAGGAGCGAGCGGAGGAGGGCAAGAGUCCCAAGUUUGCGCUCGAAGGCGUCUUCCAGGGCGUCGUCAUGACGUACUUGACAGCAUCCGAUGUCCCCUUCUUGCAAGGACGCUCCUUCGUCUUCGCCAGCCAAUUCGCCGAGAUUCUCCCCCAACCGCUUGCGAAGCAGUACCUCGAAGCAGCCGUCCAGGUCCUCGACUCGGCAGAAGCGGGCGUACCGGUCAAGGUCUCGGCUGUCCGCGCCCUGACGAACUUCUUCCGACACCUCAAGGAGAAUGUCGAGCCUUCUCAAGCAGUCGUCGCCCUUUCCAAACUCCUCCCCCUCCUCCCUCAGACAUCCGAGAACACCCUCGUGCUCGUUCUCGAUGCGAUCCAGUCGUCGCUGAAGGUUGGCGGCACGGUGAUUGACCAGGCGACCUGCUCGUCGCUCAUUAAGACCCUCCUCGAGACAUGGUUCGCCACUCCCGAAGACCCUCUUCUCGGCUCGACCAUCGCCGACGUCUUUGCCUCUCUCUCCGCCUCGCCAUCUCCCGUCGUCCAGUCCGUCCUCCUCAACGAAGCUCUUCCCGCCCUGGCAUCGACCAUGACGGAGCUGCGAACCGAUCCUUCUUCCAUUCGCGCUGCCUCGGCGCUCGAAAUUACCAACAGCAUCUUCUCCCGCUUCCCCUCACCCCUUCCUGCGGGCGCUUAUGAGCGCGUCGCCGAGAUUCUCUUCGAGGUCUUGGGCGCGACGGACGAUCGCGACAUCAUCCAGACUGGCCUUGACGUCGUCACGACUGUCAUCCGCAAGGAUGUUGACCAGCUACUUAACUGGCGGAGCGCUUCCGGCCAGUCGGGUCUCGAGCUUGUCCUCGCACAAGUCGCCAAGCUCCUCCAGCCGUCGGAGUCUGAGGCAGGAGGUCUCUUCGUCGGCGAUCUCGUUAUCCACCUCGUUCGGAAGGCAGGCGCUGCGAUUGGCCCUGUCCUGCCGGACUUGCUGCGAGCAUUUGUUACGCGUCUUGCGACCGCAGAGACUGCCAUGUUUACGCAGAGUCUCGUCCUUCCCUUCGCAUACCUCGUCCACCAGCAGUUGGAUACAGUCCUCUCUCUCCUCGAGAACCUCACCAUUCCUGGACCGCCUCCACGACCAGCACUUGAAGUCCUCCUUGCCAGCUGGUGCGACUUCGCCGGCGACUUCCAGGGCUAUUGGAACCAGAAGGUCAGCGCCGUCGGUCUUGCGCACCUGUAUGCGGCGGCGGCGAGCAGAGCGGGUCUGCAGCAGGUUCAGGUCAAGGGCGACAUGGUCAUCACCGAAGCGAACCGGGACAAGAUCAUGACUCGGGCGCGAGCGAGAGCCAACCCCGAGCAGUUCCGACCAAUCCCUUUCCCCGCCAAGGCGCUCAAGCUGCUUCUUCACGAUGCUCAGACUGCAUCGGCGAACAAAGGCGGCGAGCAAGGAGCAGCCGAGGACGCGGUCUCGGACGACGAGGACGACGAGUGGGCGGAUGAAGGAGCAGAGUUCACGGCGGGCAACGAGAAGGACCUUGACUUCCUGUCAGAAAUGCUCUCGGGCGGAGGUCUCGGCAAGUACAUGAGCUCGAGUGGCGACGACGAGGAGGACGACAUCGACGAGCAAGACUUGCAGGAUGACCCGAUCUGGAACCUCGACCUCUACUCACACUUGACCAGCUUCUUCCGACAUGCCUACGAAACGGAUCAGACCUCGUUCCGCCAACUCGCCGAGACGUUCCUCAAUGACGAGGAGAAGGCGAUUCUCGCCCGCCUCUUGCAGUCCGCAUGA